AUGGUUCGACUUUUUUCGGAGGAGAUGAUGGCAGGUGGAAGCUUCAACUGCCUUGCGUACUCUGUUGCGUUUUUCUCAUGCUUUUUCGUCACCUGCAUUCUUGCUGAGGCGAAGAGCAUAACGAUAAAUGUGGUGAAGGGGAUCACCAACAACGACGCGUAUGUAGUAAGCUUGGGGACAGGCGAGACGAUUACGGUUAAAUUGAAGCGCUCAGGUCGUUUCCUGUUGGAAUGCUUCGAUGCGCGAACGUGGCGCUCCAGUGUGGCCGUAAUCUUCAUCUGCAUCUAG